CCUCCUCCAUUAGUCCGCCUUGUUUCCCUCCAUCUCUGCUUAUCUGUCAGUGCUCGGACGUUGCGUUAAGGUGCGGAUCCGAGUCCCGCUCUUGGGGAAGAUUUGAGGAAAGUCAGACGACAUAAACGUCUUCAAAGGACAGUAUAUACGAACAUUGUCAUUGAAACGACAGACAUUUUACCGCCUUUGUGCAGUUGCUUUGAAACUACAGUAAAAUGGAUCCAAUGACUCAGUCCGCCCAGAUAUCAUCGUCGCAAGGGUUUGCCGAUGGACAAAAUUCUGCUGCCAAAGAAUCAAAGCUGUCCGAUUCCUUUCUUUCCUCUUCGCCUGUAUCUCUCAUUCAGUCUCCUCAAGACAAAAGAGUGGUCCUGGGCUCGGACAAGCCCUGCGAAGGUGUUGCGACAUCCCUUCGCUUUCCUUCUCAACCUGGCUCAUUCACUCCUGGUAAUUAUGGGAGUGAAGCAGGUCCGCCGGAUGGACAACCGGACUCACCGAUAAAGACGUCUCCUGUAUCGGAGCGAAUAAAGGCAUUGGAGGCACUCGCUGCCAGAAAGAAGGAACCUGAUUUUAGAAGCGAUGGAGGUUACUCUCACUUCAGAGACCGCCAUCACGAAAAAUCUCCCACGGAGACCUCCAAAACUCCCACUGAGACCCCUAAAACUCCCACUGAGACACCCAAAACUCCCACUGAGACCCCCAAAGUUCCUACGGAGACUGCCAAAACUCCCACUGAGACCCCCAAAGCUCCUACGGAGACUGCCAAAACUCCCAGUGAGACCCCGAAAUUUCCCACUGAGAAAUUCACAUCACCUGUCCAGAAAAGAGGAGGUUCUGCUGAUCAGGAGUCACCAGAAUCCCCCUUUGAAGUACUUGGAGAUUUAAGACAAAUGAAUGAAUUUGAAGAAACAGAAGAGUGGAUGAAGGCCCAUUUACCUCCUGUGCCAGACUUUGAUGCUGUAAAUUUAAUCAAAGGCACCCUGACUUCAGACAGUGUUGCGUCAAAAGAGGAGAAGGAGCCUGAAAUGGUUAUACCAGAUGCUCCUGCUGCUUUUGCCGGUGUCCCCGAUGCUUUCAUGGAUUCUCCUGCUGAAGCUCCAAAACUGAAGGAUGAGUUCAGUGAUGCACAGAAACAGACGAGUGUUGAGGAGGAAUCAGAGUUUGACCUCAGCUUCUUGCCAACAGCCUACAUGUGGGAUCAGCAGGAAAAAUCAGGUGCCCCGGCCCCAUCAAAUCUUGAUUCAGUGCUUCCAGCCUCACCUGCACCUCCUGCAGGCUUUGGCGCACCAUCUCCUCCCGUCUCUCCACCAGUUGGCACGGAUGCAAAACAGAGUGUUUUGGAUGACAAGAAGACCAAGUGGACCGGAGAUCUGGAGCCUCCAGAGGCAAGCGAAGCGGACAGCUCAGGAGAAUCAGACGACACUGUCAUUGAAGAUGGUAUCACUGUUCCUGCUUCUGUUCCUCCUCCAUCUUCUGAUACGGCAGUUUCAAAUGAUGCCACCACUACAGCUGCUUCCGCAGCUCCCAAUAUUUCCUCUGAGGAAAAGGAGACUCCUCCACCGAAGUCUGAGAGGAAGCUAAUGCAGGUUCCAACAAUAAACGUUAUUGAGACGGACGAGCCAAACUACAGUGAUGAGGAGAUGGAAAUGGAACUUGAGCCAGAGGAAGAAGAGGACUAUGAGGUUGUAAAAGACCCCGCUAGAGAGGCUCCAAAAACCACAGAGCCAGAGGACGGUAAAAAUGAACCACCCAAAACACGCCCCAUAGAAACUGAAUUCAUGGAAGGCUACUCACCUCCAUCCUCACCUGUGGACUCUGAUGCUGAAUACUCUCCUAAACACAAAAUAUUGAAAUCUCUUCCUGAGACAGUACAUCAGGAAUCUGCAUCAAAACCUGAGGCUCUGCCCAAUGAAGCACUAUCUGAAAAAUCACAGACCACUUCCAACCAAGUAAAUGAUGAACCCUCCCCUUUCACAGUCACAAAUGAAGAAGUGGACUUCCCAGACAAUGAUGAUGAGUGGUCAGAUGAAGCACAAGAUAUUUUGGUCAGCAAAUCAAAGGUGGAUGAAAAGAGCAACACAGCUGCAGAAGAGGCUUACAUGGAGACAGCUCACCUUCCUAAAACCAGCUUCAUGCAAGAUGAUAUAUAUGACAGGCAGUCAUUUGAUUAUGAUUAUGAUGCAUCUUCUCCCUUAGAUGACAUUGAUGACAAAGGGUUACACAAUGCCAAGGAGCGGUUUCUUUCUGAUCCUACUCAAAUCCAUGCUGAGCCACUGAAUGAAAGCAGUCGAAAUCUGGACGAUUUCACGUCACUAAAUGAUGACGAAGCCUUCCCCAAGCCAAGUCAGCCAUCUCUAAGAGAAUAUCCCCAAGACCCGUAUUCCUCUUUUCAAAGUGAGAAACAAGAUUUCAAUAAGACGACUACCACUGACAUUGUUACAGAUAAUAUGGCAAAUGGCAACUCCCUUCCAGCACACGAAAUUGGCUCAAAGAUCCAGCAGGACACAAAAACGGGUCACAGUGCACCUGACACAACAAGCAACCCAGAAAGCGUUGAGCCUGACAGCUCCAUUUCUGAGCCUUCAGAUAGCUUUGUGGAGUUUAUGCGAGAGUGCCUGAAAUCAAGGCAAGAUGAAGAACCUGACAACACACACCAAACUUUUCCUCCCAAGAACAACCUGCCUACUUCCCAGUCCCCUCCAACCAUGGUGAUGGAUCUUGAACAAGAACAGCUUACGAUCAAUGCUCUCAAAGAACUGGGCAGCAGUCAAGAGGAGGAGGAGGAGGAGGUGGAGGUGGUGUCUCUCCAGUCGAAGGUUCCUGACCUAGGCAAAGCAAAUCCCAAUGCAACAUCUACACAGCAGUCUUCCUUUACCUCAGCACCUAAUCCUCCAUGUCCCCAAAGCAACCGUGUGGUUGACAGCACAUAUUCCAAAGAGGUAGAAGCCAUUGACGAAUGGGUGGCUGAAGCCUAUCAUCUUGCUGAGCAUGUGUUGACAGCAAUACUAACCCACUUAUCAGUGAAGGACCUGAUCCACUGGCGAGACCCCAAGAAGUCGGGCUUGGUGUUCGGGGUGUCCAUGCUGAUGCUGCUGUCGCUGGCAGCCUUCAGCGUCAUCAGUGUGGUCUCCUACCUGCUGCUUGCCCUGCUCUGUGUCACCAUCACCUUCCGCAUCUACAAGUCUGUUGUCCAGGCCGUGCAGAAGUCCAGUGAGGGACACCCCUUCAAAGCACUGAUAGAUAAGGAUGUCAGCAUCCCUCCCGAGACUUUCCGCAAGCACGUGGACACCAGUCUGACCUACAUCAACCGAGCCCUGAAGCAGAUGAGCCGCCUCUUCCUGGUCGAGGACCUUGUGGACUCCCUAAAGCUGGCUGUGGUCAUGUGGCUGUUCACCUACGUAGGAGCCGUCUUCAAUGGAAUCACCAUUCUGAUCCUGGCUGACAUCCUCCUCUUCGCCGUGCCUCCCAUCUACGAGAAGAACAAGACCCAGAUUGAUCAGUACAUUGAUGUGGCACGUACCCAAAUCAACACCACAAUUGCCAAGUUGCAAGAGAAACUUCCCGGUGCUGUGAAGCGCAGCAAAACUGAAUGAUCAACCCCCCAAUUAGAAACCUCCACGUCACCAUCAUCCUCAUCUCCAUCACCAUCCUAGACCCCUUUACCCUCUCCAGAUAACCCCCGCCCCCAGUCUAACUCCUCGUCCCUACUCCAUCAAGCAUCACCACCCUACUACACUGAACCUUGCUAGGUAGAAAAAUCUUUGAGCUACUCGAUAUUCAAUGUAAAACUACUGCGCAGCUUAACUUGCAAGCAUUAAAAAGAACUGUGCCUGUGCAGACAGGAAGCGUGUCACUAGCGAGUAAGUGAUGUAGCGCCGCGGCGGACCCUGACUGUCUGUGGGCGUGCCACAGGGGAAUGGAGGCAGGGUCGAGUGAACUAGACUGAAUCUAUGACCUGGUUUCGUCGUGUACAGCAAGCAGGGGGGUGGAUGAUGGCUGUCUAUGUCACAAAAAAGCAAAUGUCUGUACUUUAAACCACACAUUUCCCUGAAGGUAAAUGGAUGAUUUGAGCUGGAGAAGUUAAGAAAGUUAAGAAAAUGUAAAAAAGAAAAAAAAAAUGGAAUAAAACCGAUGUUUGGGUGUAAUUGUGGCUAGUCUUAUCCUGCUCUGUUGCUCUGCAGCUGUUAUGUGGAUAGCUAUGAAUUCAUUUUAGAGGCGCGUAAUGGGUUUGCUGUUACCGAUCGGCCUGUUAUUGACUUAGUUUCCAUUCACCUUACAGGCACUUCUGUAUGUAAGUUUCUGCAAUGCACUGAACUUUUAUUUUUUAAAUCCCUGAGCAGGUUGAAAUAAAAGGAUUGGAACACUGAGCCAGCUGUGAUAAUUUGGUCUAGUUCACCCUCUUGAUCAGAUGCAUUUUUUGAACAGUUUUCUGUAUGUAUAUACACCUUAAGACAACUACAGGCUCUCUCUGCUGUAUGGAACAACUUAGCCUCGCUUUUUAUAUCAAAGGAAAGUUCCCUCACUUACAGCAGUCCUAACUCCUUUUGUCGCACCUGUUCAAGCCACAGUGUUGAGGUCUCACAUUCACUUGUAAAUUUUUAUUAUUAUUCUCACCGCUUAUUACUAUUAUUGAUAUUAAUUAUAGGAUGGCUGCUUUGAAUCCCUAGUAGCUUGACAACAGCAUUGUAAGAGUUACGUUAAGUGUCAUUGAGCUUCAUAAAAUGGAGGUCCUUCAGAGGCCUCCUAAGAAAUAAUUCCUGAUUGUUUGAUAAGUUAAGAGAUUUUCCCCCAUGUGUUAUAAAACCCUUAAAUCUCAAAAUGGCCUCCCAGGUAGCUGUUGGUGUUUAAGUAAAGUUGUAAGUGAAAUAAAGUUCACCUGUGUGUUUUGUCAGUGCUUUUUUUUUUUCCUCUAGAAAUUGACUUUCACGUCCAAUAAGAUUAAAAUACCAAAACUUAUUGAUACUAAAGUAAAAUAUAAAAUUUGCUAUUCUACUGUAAGGAUGGAAAUUAAAUUGAAUUUGUAAUAUCUUUUAAAAAUGUAUCAGUUCAAUAGUGUUUUAUGAUUUAACACUGGUACUCUUUAACUAUUGUUUUGGCACAUUUUGGACUAUGGACAAAACCUCAACAGUGGUCUGGGAGGACGUUUAGAGAUUAAGGGGAUUGUGUAACAAAUUGAGGGGAUGUCAUGUUGAAUAAAGAGUGUCGCGGGGGAUAUGGAAGUGGUUUUUGGUUUGAAGUGGUUAUUAUAGAGCUCUGUUUGUCACUUUGUUCCUUUUGUUUGACUGCCAUGAAGUGCAUGUCAUAGUGUAAGCUGGAAACAGAUUCUCACCCUUUAUAUAGGCUGUAUCAUAUUCUUGACCCUGACUUUUGUUUAAUAUGAUUAUUACUUGUGACUGUUUCAAUGGUGUUUUUCGAACUCAGUAAAAACCAUAGUCAUAUGUUAGCAGUACUGCUCCGUCUCCAUAUUGUUUUAAGGGAUGAAUAUAUAGAAGGAUAUGAGAAUGUUAGUGUUGCUGUCCAUUUCAUUGUGCCCCGAAUUAAGUUUGCACGGAGUAAAUGUCCCUCUGAAUACUGAAUAGCCAACAGCCCCUCAAUGCAGUAACUACUCCAACUACGUCUGCCUGUGUACUGAAUGUUUUCUCUGGUGGAACAUUCCUCCUCAUGCAUGCCCGCCACUGUGUGUCGCCUCACGGACGUACUGGUCGACCCCCUUGUGCAUGCUGUCUCAUUCAGACUCUGGGUGUCAAAGCUCAAAAUAUGCAACAUUUCUGUUGGAGAUGCUAGCUGUUAGCCCCACCCCCGCCCCUUUAGUUGGGCAGGUUACGGCCCAGGUGCUUGGUGCUCAUGUUGUUGAGCUGUCUGCUAUCCUAAUGUUGAGGUAAGCAGCAAACAGUUUUCGGGGAGGGGUCAGGCUGGACACAGGCUGAUGUUGUUAUUAUGCAUCAUAUUUAUUUACUAGAAUGUGGAGGAGUUGCAUAUUGUAGCUUUGAGUUGUCAUUUUCAUCUAAAAGCUUAACUUUACACACUGGAGCGCAUUUGUGUUAGAUGUUUGGUUUACAUUCAUUGAGUUUAUUUUAAGGGUCAGUCCAAACAAAUUACAAAAGUCACAUACAUAUAUACUGGUCUCUGCCUGUUACUGUGUUCAGAUUCAUUCAUUUCAUUUGUUGUGGAAGGUGUUUUAAAUUUACAGAUUACACAUGAACACAGGUUGUCGAUCAGUUCACGCAAAUAAUAUUGACACAAAUCAAUCUCCAUACACAGACACAUUUGGAACUCUUCUUCCAAGAGUGAGCAGCACAAACUUUAUUCCAUCAAUGUCCAUUGCAUUAGGUGGAGGUGGAAAGCUCAGUUUCAUGUGACAACUGAGAAAAGUAAGUUACAAAUGUAACCAUGGUUCUCUGAAUUCACUUAAUUCAAAAUCCAAAUUUGCGAGAUUUCUUUAUUUUGGUUGAACUGACCCUUAAAUAUUCAACCAGCUACCUUCAUGCUGAACCAUUCUGUCAGUCUGACCUUACCCCACAGUGUGGCGCUAUGAAAGCUCAUUAGCUUCCCAUACACACCUUUGACUUAACUUCAGGAAAGGCCCUGUUACCUGUUAGUGUGCUACUAAGGCUGAACAGAUUUUCCAUAUAAUAGUUGGGUAUUUCUUUAGAGUGUAAUAUAUAACAUGAAUUAAACCUGUUCCCUUGCAGCAUGUUGCUUUCCUCCUUUUCCUGUUUGUCCCUGUGUUCUCAUUGGGUAUGGGAGUGUGUGGCAGGAGUGUGUUUGACUUUUUUUUUGGUCUCGGAGAGUCUUGUUUUGCAUUCGACUCUUUACUGGUUUCUAGACGUUGUUCACUAACAUCAGCUCUGUUUUGUAUUAGCUAUGACUUUGGUUCCGAUUUUUGAAGCUUUGGGAAAGAUGUCGCAGGAAAAAAAAAAAAAGAAAAUGUAAAAAAAAAAAAGUAUGUGGUCUCUGUACUGAUGUCAAAGUGAAAUUAAUAAAAACACGUCAAAGGAC